GCGUGUGCCAGGCCACGCCCCCGCACGGGCGGGCCGGGGACCCGCGGACCGCGGGACUCGGCGCGGUGGCGGUGGGGGGAGCUGCGGGACCGCGCGAGGGUGGGCUCCGCGCCCACCGCUUUCCUCCGGAAGCCGGGGCGCAGCCAGCCCUGAAUCGCCGGAGCCGGCCCAGAGUCUCCCUCCGGGCGAAGGUGGAACGGCUGACGUGGGCGCGUCUCGGAGGCUGGGGGCCGGUUUGGCCCGGCUGUGGGGUGCCCGGCGCUCCUCCUUGGAGCCCCCUUCUCCCACAAAAAACUUUACCCGAAGUGACAGAGGGUGGACGCCAGUUCCCCACUUAGGGCGUCUAAGAAUAAUGCUAUAAUAAACACUCGACCUUAAUGCAAAGAUAUUGGCGUUUCCAAGACAACAAGAUACAAGAUAUAUGCUUUGGAGUCCUAGGAGAAUCUUGGAUUCAAAGACCUGUAAUGGCCAGAUACUACAGUGAAGGUCAGAGUUUGCAGCAGGAUGACUCAUUUAUAGAAGGAGUGAGCGACCAAGUCCUUGUGGCUGUGGUGGUCAGCUUCGCGUUGAUCGCUACUCUCCUGUAUGCACUUCUCAGAAAUGUACAGCAGAACAUCCAUCCAGAAAACCAGGAGCUAGUCAGAGUGCUUCGAGAACAAUUCCAAACAGAACAGGAUGUCCCUGCUCCUGCCCGACAGCAGUUCUACACUGAAAUGUACUGUCCAAUCUGCUUACAUCAAGCCUCCUUUCCUGUUGAAACAAACUGUGGACAUCUCUUUUGUGGUUCCUGCAUAAUUGCAUACUGGCGAUACGGGUCCUGGCUUGGUGCAAUCAGCUGUCCUAUCUGUAGGCAAACGGUAACUCUCCUCCUAACAGUAUUUGGUGAAGAUGAUCAAUCUCAGGAUGUUAUAAGAUUGCGUCAAGAUGUUAAUGAUUAUAACCGGAGAUUCUCAGGGCAGCCUAGAUCUAUUAUGGAAAGAAUCAUGGACCUCCCCACCUUGCUGAGACAUGCAUUCAGGGAAGUGUUUUCAGUUGGGGGCCUCUUCUGGAUGUUCCGCAUUAGGAUAAUGCUGUGUUUGAUGGGAGCUUUUUUCUAUUUAAUAUCACCUCUAGAUUUUGUACCUGAAGCCUUGUUUGGAAUUCUGGGCUUUCUAGAUGAUUUCUUUGUUAUCUUUUUGUUGCUUAUUUACAUCUCCAUUAUGUAUCGAGAAGUGAUAACCCAAAGACUAACUAGGUGAAAAAAAAUUAGUUUACUAGAAUAUCCGAGCUUAUAUAUAAAAUUAAACAAAAGGACCCAUGGCAGUAUCAUUCACCCAAAUAUUAUUUUACACACUUAAAACAUUUGGUUAUCAUUUGACAAAUGCCUAAGAAUAUACAACUGGAACAUUUACAUACUACAGCUUCUAAUGUUAACAUCAGACGUAUAGUGAUCUACAGGUUUAUCUCAAUUCUGUGUUGUCUGUAAAAAGUAUGAAACCAAUUGAAAAGGGAUACUUUGUUGUUUUCUUUUUCUGCAGAUUAUUUAGCUUAGAUACGCAGUUCAAUAUUGACGAAUUACAGUUCAUCAUCCUCGGUGGGUACCCAUACAAGAAUAGAGAACUUUGAAACUUGUCUAAAUAUUUUUGUUAAAGUAAAAUAUUGUAUGAUAGUAGGGAAAGGUCAGAGUCUCGGUAUGUGCUAAGCUCCGUGGACUUAGAGCAACUCUGCUUUUUCAUUUUUGUAUAAUUCUUUGUGAUCAACUGAAAAUGAAAGAAACUUGAACUUCCUGAUUUGACCUCAUUUUCAGUGUCUAGACCACUUUAAUCAAUAGGAGGAUUAACAAGUGAAAACUACGCAUCUCCUGGAGGCACGUUUGAUAUUCAGUUAUGACAUUCAACUAAGAGUUUGGACUUUUUAUAGAAACAUAUACAAAAGUAACUUGUUGCCAGCUGUGGCAGCUUUACACUUGCACUUUCUGCAUUCAAGAAGCUGAGGUAGAAGACUGCUGCAAGUCCAGGGUCUGCCUAGACUAUGUAAUGAGCUCCCAGAGGCUUGAGCUAAGGAGUGAGGUCCUACCCAACCAAAAGCAGGGCAGUGGGGAAAGGUGCUUGCUCCCAAGCCUGACAACCUGGGUUUGAACCUGGGUCUCACGUCAUGGAAGUACAGAACAGAUUCUGUAAGCUGUCCUCUGACCUUCACAUGAAUGUACACACACACACACACACACACACCCCACAAACACAAAGUAAAUAAAAUGCAAUGGAAAGGAAAACAGAGUAGUUUGUAAAGGGAAAUGAUUUGUCCUAGGAACCUAAGUAACCUUGGAAACAAGUAGUAACGGGUACCAUUUUGAGGAAACAGGCUGUUCAUUUCUAUUGGCAUGGGUCAGGGCCUUUAGGAAGGUACUAAGAACGGUAUUUAGAUUUUACAAAUAAUGAGUUAACCCUUGCAGCAAAAUGAAGAUAUUUGAUAAGUUGUCUAUUGCCCUGAAAAUGUAAAACUAUUACCUUGUAGAUGGCAUUAUUUGGCUCAGCUUCAUCAUGCCUUGGGCAGAAUGAGGAAAUGUGUAUAAGACGCCUAACUACUGAGGUUCAUAUUGCUUUUGUUGUUUUUGAUGGCUGUGACAUGGGGAUGUGAGGUCUGUAGUUCUGUUUGAAUGGACUGAGUACUGUAACUGAGCUGCUAACUGGAGAGCAGCUGGAUGGGGUGUGAGGUGAUGCCCAGGCCCUGCCUUCUGAUUGCUAGUACCAUUGACUUCUUAGCCUCAGUGUGUAUUUAGGGACAGAAAGCUAAAAUCUGUCCAAAAAAAAAAAAAAUCAGAUUAGCUGCCAAGUAAUGAGAUUCUGAAUGAAAUGUCAAUUUCUUUCCUAAUCUAGGCUUAAAAUGAAGGUGUUGUCUGCCAUUAAAAAAACAACAUAAAACAAGACCCAGUCCUUAUAUGUAGAACAUGAUCAAUGCAAUCUCUCAUAAUUUUUCUUUGAUCCUUAGAAAAUGUUAUAAGGAAGGUAGAGUACCAUCAGCUUCCUGUUGCAGAGAUGAAACCUUCAUCCUAUGGAUGAAAGAUUUUUGUUUCCUAACAUAAUGGAACUAGUGAUAUUUAGAUAGGCAUGAAAGCUAGUCUAAGGAGAAGCAGGAGGAACUGGAAUUCUCUGGAGUCAGGUUUUCAUAACACAUUAUUCCUUCACGGGAACAGUUUCGGUGCUUCUAAGCUAAAGCUCCAGGAAGAACAUUCAUCACAGCCUCUAUCAGUCUCGAGGGUAUACUUGCAAAUGAAGUAAGAGUGGCAUGCACCAUAGAAAACUGUGGCCACUCAUCACCAACUUGGAAAGCUAUUGAGUAGGGGAACUCGUUGCCAGCCUGGGAAAACAUUUUCCAGCUUUUAAAAAUGCAAUGUGGACUAUAGCUAUGGUUUACUGAAAUGAUUUUAUUUUCUGUGCAUGUGUUCUGCUGCAAAUGCCACACUCCUGUAAUAUUUGGACUUACUCUAGUACUCUGAGAAGAGGUGCACUGUACAAAAUUUUGUAGCAUACAAAACCACUAUAUGGCUAAAGUCUUACUGAACCAAAAAGGGAACACAGUGGUAUCUCCAAAUUUUGCACCUACUAUUCCCUCAUCUUUACCAAUCAUUAAUGAUGAAUGCAUCAGCAAUUUGAGAAAGUCUUCAAAGCAAGUAGAGUCUAUCAGUGUUUUAAACAUCAUAGAAAGACUUUGUAUUCCGAGGUCGUAUAAAUCAAAGCAACAAGCUUUUUGAACAAAGCAUCGUAACUGUCACAAAAGCAGUGGUAUAAGCCCAGGAACAAACAAUACUUUGAGCGGCUCUGUGGGGAAUGAGAAGGGAACUGUUCAUUAACAAUUCGCUAGCAUAGGGUUUCUCCAGCUCCAUUCUCAGUGUUGUGAAGGGCAGCAGAGUUCCUGAGCCCCGUGGCUGUACAGAUGCCUACCUCACAGAGUCUGCAGAGGAGCACAGGCUUCUCACAAGUUUGUGAUGUGGAGAGUUUGUUCAGCAUUUAUUCUUUGGAAUAAAAAUAGUUUAUCUAAAAGA